GAGUUUGCAGAAUCCAGUAUAGGUGGCGCUGUUUACUUGUAGUGGAGGUUGGGGUCAGCGCAAGUCAGCGUGAAAUUGGCGCGAAAAGUGCGUGCGCGCGCGCGCGCGGGUUGUGGCUGGACAGAUCUUGGUGGUGAAGGUCGGUUCGGAAAGGCCAGCUCCGUGCGUACACACCCCAGGCUCCACGUUGCGAUUACCAGUAUAGUGCAGAUAAAGAUGCCGAAAAGAAGUCACAGCCGUCAUCGCCGGGAUUCUCCUCGCCGAUCGCCCACACCUGACCGAACCCACCAACGACAUGAUGAACGAGCGGAAAGCUGCAGGUGCCUCGAAUGCGAUAAGUCAUUUGGGGCCAAGUCAGCAUUGGCAAGGCACAUGGCCGAACAACACCAACCACGUGAUCGGUUCCCCUGUCCGUUUUGCGACAUAAUCUACGGCCGGAAAAACGACUUGGCGAGGCACAUCCGACGGGCUCACACAGGCAAUCUUGAUGCAGGCAACCAGUCGCCGGUAUCAGUCAGCAACUCCCCCAAAGCUCCCAAGACGCCCGAGAUCUCCAAGACGCCCGAGAAGAAGUCCGGACCGUGCCUGGAAUUACACCCGUCUCCAGAUGACGUGAGGCGUUUGGCUUCGCCACAACGUGCAACAUCCUUAAGGAGAGUUCUCAUACCCCCAAGUUCUGCAACGGUUUCAGGCCAAUCAGAUGAGGCAACAGGAAAGCUCGUCAAGCGGAGGCGCAUUUUCGACCUCUACGAUGAGGAUUCCUUGAUCGCGAGGAUUACUUCGGAGGAAUUCUUUAAGGAGUAG